AUGGCGACGGAAAAGCUGGAUAGCGAAUGGAAACUCGUGCAGGAUGACUUUCAAAAGCUCGAGAAAAUCCAUGAUGAAUAUAUUCAAAAAUCGCGGCAAGUCAGCAAAUUUCAAGAAACCGCCGGAAAAGCGAUGAAGCAUCACAAUUAUUUGCUAAAAAAUCUCAAGGAAACGAUGAGACAAGCCCAACAAUCAGCGGAAAAGCUCGACGAGGCGGACACCUCGAAAACCGACGUGCUCAGCCACGUGGCAAAGCUCCGAGAGGAGUUGGCAGUGGCAAAUCUGCGGAUUCGAGAUAUGCAAGGAGAAUUGCCGGCACAGACGAACGGAUUUUAUUUGAAUUUGAUUUUGGGCUCCAACCUCAACGUCUCGCUGCUCACGAAGGCGGAAAAGUUCAAGUACAAGCAGGAAUACGAAGGUUUCAAAUGGUCCAUCACAAUUCUCAUCUGCCUGCUCGCCCUGUGCGCCUGGAUUUGGCCAUUCCGAGUGUUCGACUCGAUUCUCUGUUUCUUGAUGGUUUGGUAUUACUGUACACUGACGAUUCGUGAAUCUGUACUCCGUGUCAAUGGAUCGAAAAUUAAAGGAUGGUGGUUGUCACAUCACUACCUGUCGUGUGCUGUGCCUGGAAUUGUGCUCACCUGGAAAGAUGGGUUGUGUUAUCAGGAAUUUCGUCCCUACUUCCUCAUCUUCACAUUCUACAUCUCGCUCGUCCAGUUGGCUCAAAAUCAGUAUCAAUCAGGCUGCCUCCGCCGCCUACAUUCCCUCGGACAGGGACAUCAAAUGGAUAUUACUGUAGAGGGAUUCACGUCGUGGCAAUUCAAAGGAUUAACAUUUUUGUUGCCAUUUUUGGCGUUUGGAUAUCUCUACCAGCUCUAUCUGGCGUGGAAAUUGUUCGGCUACACAAAUUCGGAGACUUGUGACGGAAUAUGGCAGGUUUGGACUCUUUCCCUGUUGCUCGGGCUCAUCGCCGGCGGAAAUAUCGUCACCACUUCGAUGGUUUGUAUUCGGAAGUUCAAAACGUCCACUUCGUACACAAAUAUCGUCACAUUGACACGAAAGUACAGUAGUCGCAACCGUAUCCGUGAGGCUCCGCCAACUGAGCCGCUGCUACGUGGAGCUCCGCCACCGCCAACCGGAAAACUUCAUUUGCACUGAGACGACGAUUUGCAUAAUUUUAUGUUUUUUUGAAACUUUUUUUUUUUGGAGAAUUUGAAAUUUUUGAAUUUUGUUUUAUGUAUUACGGUUUUUGCAUUAUUUUUUUUUUGGAUAAUUUGUUUUCGGGAAAAAAAAUCGAUU